CGAUCCUUACUCGCCAUCAUCAUCAACAUCAAGGAGCAUAUAGCCAUCACUCCGGCUCCAUCACAUCGUAUCAAAUCGCACCGCUCAGCAUGGCGGCAUCAGCAGCCGCCGUAGCUCCGUCUCGUAAUGGAGGCGGCUUUCGUCCUGCUUCGAGCCGCCAGCCGUUUAGACCCACCACUCGUCAGGUGCCGCCAAGGAAGGCGACGCAGUCUAAGGCGCAGCAGGAGGAGAAGCUGCCAGAGCCGCUUGACGACUCGGAAGAGAGCGAAGAUGAUGCAGCGGAAGAUGACGCCGAGAACCAGCCACCACCGCGGAUGCUCGAUGCCAUCAAGGAGGCCACUGCCUCUCCCAGCCCAUCACCGAAGAAGGCGGCCCCCUCGCCCUCUCGAUCGCCGAUGCCUCUCCCUUCUUCCUCCUCACCUUUCAGGAUGAUCCUUGGCGCACGAAAUGCCUCUCCAGCGUCAUCACCAUUCAGGCAGGACUCCUCAAGCCGACCGUCGUCCAGCGCCGGUACAGCCUUCUCAGACAUGGAGACGGACGUCGAGGCAGAGGAUGCCUCGAUCGUCGCCGACCAGAAUAAGGCAUUCUCGCCAUCCUCUCACACCGAAAGCGAGGAUGAAGAUGACUCAGAAGACAGUGCUCUCAACUGCAACCGUACAUUGCGGUCCUCAUCUCGCCAAGCGCAUCUCGUCGUCUCAUCCUCAUCAUCCUCAUCACCGCCUCGCGUCUUCUUCGGCACUCCUUCAUCGAGCGAAAAGGAGCAGCGCAGGCGAUAUUCGACGCGCAUCAGGGAGAGACGUCUAUUGAGGAGAGACAGCCUGGAGCUUGCGAGACGGAAGACUCUCACACUCGAGGAGGUUGAGGAGGCUGCGCGAGCUGUUAGGCAGGAGAGGAAAGCGAAGGAGGACACGGAGAAGGCAGACGAAGGAGAGGACGAUAGCGUGGCGCAGAAGCCGGAUGAGAUGGAUGCCAGUCGAUCGGAGGAGACCCAAGGGUCCAGGGCAGUCGCGGAAGAGGAACCAGGCCAGCAGCCGUCUACAUUGAGAAGUGAUGCUCCAGAGGACGAAAAGGAAGCAGCUACCAGCCCGACCUACGGCGACGGGGAGCCGUAUACCGCUCAAGCAGCCAGUCACGAGGCCAGCGCACAAGAAGCUUCAAUAAGUGGGCUUUCAGAACCACAAGAAGGCAAUGAACCGGAGCAACGAGAGCCAACAGCGGUUCAAGCUGCAUCUAUGCCGCAGAGGACAGAGCUUGAAGUCGAGGAUGCCGCAUUACCUCCUCCCUUCGAUGAGACGCUGGCAUUCGAUGCGGUUGAAGCUCGAGCGACACAGUCAGAGAUGGCAACUAUUGCUCCUCAGUCUACCACUCCCGUCUUCGACGAGACUCUGGUCCUCAGCACCAUCGAGGGCGGUGGCGCAUUAAGAGCGGAUGAAGAUGAGUCGCCAAUCAUGCAAUCCGUACUCGACGAUUUCGCGGCUCCUGACGCGGCCCAAAAUGCGGUUCAAUGGGCGUCUGAGGCUGCCUCGACCUCUCAGACAGGCUUCGACGAGACUUUGGCACUCGACACGAUGGAGCGUUCCGCGGUGCAAGAGCAAGUAGCGUCCACCCCGCAGUCGUCAGAAGUCGCAGAUGAGCUCGUCGAAGUCCCCACUAGCUCGAUCAAUCGCAGCAGUCGCAUCGCUCCGGCCCUCUGCUCCUUCGACGAGACACUCGCUCUGGACAGGCUUGAGGAAGCCGCUGCAGAUUUGACAGCCGCCGCAUACGACGCGAAUUUCGAAUCCGGCACCAUCGUCCGCACCAUCUCGCUGCCUUGCAAGGCCUUCUUCGAUGAGACUCUCGCGCUCGAGACUCUGGAGGAGUCACAGCCGGAGGAGAUCGAGGGAUUGGGCGCUGAAGUCCCUCCCUCAGAAGCGGAGCAGGGGGCAUCGCAUCUCAGUGAGAGUGGGUCAGACGGUACUCAGCAAGAAGCAGCGGCAGAGGUGUCAGCAGAGGAGGCAGCCGCAGAAGGAGCUCAGCCAAAGGCCGAGGUUACCUCAAAGCCAGCUUCGGAGUCGACAACACCAGCUGCAGAGCCGCCCGCCAAUGUCGGCACCACUUCCGCCUCGUCCUCCUUCUUGAUGGACUCUCCGGGAGUGGGUCUAGCACGACUCGGACGCGAGGGUACGCCUUCAAGGUCAGUGCUGUCCGAUAUCCGCCAACAAGCUACAGGCUCCGCCAUGCGUCGCCUCUUUCCUCACAUCCCGGACAACUACCACGAGAUCCUGGGCAAAUCCACCCCCUCUUCGACACCGCGCUCGCCUGCCGUGACUCCGCUCGGGGAAAAGGACACGAAUGCUAGCUGGAACAAAAGGGCGGUCAGGCUCACCCCAACUCCGUCCAAGCAAGCGCCGACCUCUCAAGAGCAAAACACCCGUCCGAAGACCCCGUCCAACACGUCACCGACGGACGAGGAGGAGCUUGUUCGCCACUUCUCGCCAGAAAUGGACCGCCUGCGAGCUGCUCGAGACGCUAUCCUCGCGGCUGCGGGACCUUCGCCGGACAAGUCACCGAAGAAGGCUAUGCGCGUCGUCAUCCCUAGCCCGAUGAAGAAGGGCGGCGAGGCCGAGUCUGGAGCGGUUGACGAGAACAAGUCGCCAGUCAAGUCGCCUAUGGGCACGUUUGGGCGAAUCGACAACCUCUGGCAGUCUUUCAAGCAGUCCGGAGCAGAUGGUGUCGACGAUCAUGCAAUGCCCCUCCCUUCAUCGCCAAUCAAGGCGCCAACAUCACCUACGAAAGCCAAGGUGAUCAGCCAAGAGCUGACAAAGGGGCCUCUGCCAACCAGCAAGGAGCUGCCGCAGCCAUCAACAAGCACCAAGCCUGCAGUAUCGGCAACAACUCGCCUGCCUAAAGCGGCUCCGACCGCCUCGACGAGCCGGCUGGUCAAGCCAAAGCCGGUCACCUCCGGCAUCCGUCCUCCCUCAAGUGUGGCGCCGAAGCCUCAAGCUGUCGUUGCGACACCGUCGACGUCGUCCUCAGCAGCCUCUGUACGCAAGCCACUCUCCACCAGACUGCCAACACAGAGCUCCGCCCGCCCUGCGUCUGCCGACUCGGCCUCCUCUUCUUCGAGCGUCCCUGCGACAAGAGAAGCCUCAAUAUCCAAGCUAAAGGACCCACGUCGUCCCCCUACUAAGCCCGAUGGCACUACCAGCGUCCGCCGUGCACCUAUCAGUGCGCUCCGCAAGCUGCAGCCGACGAGCGAUGGCAAUCCGUUCGCGUCCAAGGUCUCGGGAGGGCCCUCUGAUGGCAUCGACUGGCUUGCUUCGUCCGGCUACGCGAAAGCAGUCUCCAACAGCGACAAUUCGGCGUCAGGAAAGGCCUCGCCAGAGAAGGUACCAGCAGUCGUAGCUUCCCCGAGAAAGCCUAGUCCAACAGAAGGCAGCUCGACGCACCUGCUCUCGUCGACGAGUCCAUCACGACUCAGGAUCAAUCUCUCCCCCAUCAAGCUGGCACGAUCCGGUGGGCAAGGCGGUGCGGCACGAGCGAGACGAGUGCCCGUUGGAUCCAGAGAAGCGACGCAUGCUCCUGAACGGGUGGCGGCCAGUUCAGCAAGCGCGCCUGCCUCUGCUUCGAUCAACAGUGGUACUGCGUCGAUGAGAUCGUCUAAGUCAAGCACGGGCUCGUCUGGCGCUCCUCCUACUCAGUGCGCGCCUCCAAUCAGACCUGCUCCUCACGUCAAUCUCCAUGCGACCACGCCCAUUCUGCAGCGGUCGGCUAAUUCGUCGAGGAAAGCGGGGCUGAGUGCCAGCGCGGCUGGAACCAGCAGCAGUAGCUCGUCGCCAGAGAAGCCGACCUCGAGUAGUGCAAGUCAGCGUCUGGGCACUAGCAGCAGCAAGUCGUCGCUACGAGGGAAUCGAGAUGAGGGUCCAGCCGACAGCGAAGCAGCAGCGGAUCCGUUCGCCCCCUCAUCCUCAUCCGAGCGUGCAGGAGAGACGUCCAAAUCCACCAAGCAGCGCGCGCCCUCCUACUCUUCGGGAACCGCGAAGUCGAGCUCCUCAUCCACGAGUAGCAACCCCUUCAACGGCCCCAGGGCUAGCCGCACGAAACCAGCCGACUCCGUCCCCUCGGUCCCCAUCUCCUCUGCCGCUCUGGACGCCCUCACGACCCGCAACUCGCGCAAGAACGAGGCCUACUACGCCAAGCUGGACGUAGUCGUUGUGCGCAUCGACGGUCCGCGCCCUCCUUCUCCCUCGAGCAAGAUCCGCAAGUCCUCCGCUGGGGGCACACGCAGGCUGGGCAAAGAGCAGGCCGCUCGAGCUAGGGCGGACAGAGCGAAGAAGCGUGCUGCUGGGGAUGAGUCGUGCGAUAUGUCUGGCGAAGGGGACAGCCUUGCAACAAUGUCCGCCGCCAAGGCUCUUGAACUUGGUCAACACCGCUUGGGCGCCGGGGAGCAGGAUGUCUAUUGCACCCCUCCCAAGGUGCGGGCGGGUGCCAAGGGAGUCAAGUGGCAUAAAGCCCUCUAUGCUGGUCCGAGCGAGGCGCCUCGUGAGCAGAUCGCCCACGACGAUACGCCUGACUGCGGUGGUGCUCCACAGGCGAGGCGAGGUGCACAUCGUAUGCGUGGGGCUGGCCCAUCGAGACUGGUAGCGAGAGAGUACGGCCUGGAUAGACACGGCAAUGUGAGAGGGGCAAUGGAAGCUCCGCCUAGCCCUAGAUGGACGAGGGUGAAGGUGACGGUGAGGAAGAUCAUCUAUGAGGAUGAUGAUGAGGAGAGUGAGGAGGAGGAGGAGGAGGGAGAGGAGUGGGAGUGAAAGGUUGGGUCGAUCUUGUUGUAUCAUAGGCGACGCGCGCUCGAUGGAUGCGCUGCUCUCAUCUACCCAUGCAAUGUUGGACAGCUACAGCGAUAACACGAUGGCAGAGCAGUCGUCAAGAUCGUAUAAGAAGAGCCUCAGCUCCUGCCAUUAGCUUCAGCUUCUAUUUAUCCUUGCCUCUCCUCUACUGAUCACCGCCCUCGGUCCCCGU